GGCCACUCUGCUCCAAUCUUUACUGAGGAAGAACUUACUACAGCAUUUAGAGAGAAGUUAGAAUGUCUAGGCACAGCAGAGGAUAGACAAGUGUUGCUUGAAUGCUAUCAGAUACUGAAGAAGACAAUAAAGCAGAAAAAAGGAUUUAAAUCAAGAAUGACGUCGGCUAAAAACACGCUAGUGUUUACUAGUUUCCUGAAGGAGGAGUCUGAGAAAAAAAGCCCUAAAGAAAACAAUGACCUGGAGGACCAUUGGAAGCUGAGAGAAAAGUCCGUAAAAAGUCCAGAUGAUGAAGUUGAAGCAAAAUCAUGAUUUUUAUAGUUUUUCGAACAAUAUUAUUAUAAUCAAAGAUAGGAUGUAACAAAUUAAAUAAAU